GAGGGAGAGCAGGAGAGAGAGAGAGGGAGAGCAGGAGAGAGAGAGAGAGGGAGAGCAGGAGAGAGAGAGAGAGGGAGAGCAGGAGAGAGAGGGUGAUGUCAAAGCAGCUGAGUUCAGAAAGUAAACAGUACUCGGCGUUACAGCAUGCUGUCUGCGGGACGCCAGCUGGUGGAGCUCAGCGGGGAGACUCUUGCGCUCCGGAAUCUCUUCCUCAUCCUCCUCUUCAUCGCCCAGACGCCAGCCUGGCCACACGAUUGUGGAACGCGAACUGUCCCGGGGCCGAAUGGAACAUCAUGUGCCGCGGCUGCUGCGAAUAUGACCAGAUCCGCUGCAAGUGCCCCGCCCAGGGCACGCUGGUGGGCUACUCCGUGCCCUGCUGCCGAAAUGCCAUCAACGAGUGCGACCCCUGCAUCAUCCACCCAGGGUGCAGUAUCUUUGAGAACUGCAAGCGAUGUAACAACGGAACAUGGGGAGCCAAGGACGACUUCUUCAUCAAGGGAAAAUACUGCACAGAGUGCCGGCCAGGAUGGUCAGGGGGCGACUGCAUGAAAUGCGGGGGUGUCAUACAGAAGUCGCACGGUCACAUAGUGGUGGAGAGCUACCCCACCAACGCGCGCUGUGAGUGGAUCCUACAGGUGGACCCCGAGCUGACCGUCGAGAUCAGGUUCAUGAUGCUCAGCCUGGAGUACGACCACAGCUGCCGCUACGAUUUCGUGGAGGUGCGGGAUGGCGAGGACCUAAACUCUCGCGUCAUUGGCCGAUACUGCGGGAACCAGAGACCUCCGCCAAUCAGGAGCUCCGGGAACUUUCUGCACAUCCUCUUCGUCUCUGACGGCUAUAAGAACUUUGACGGUUUCUUCGCCAUAUUCCAGGAGGCCUCAGCGUGUAGCUCCUCCCCCUGUUUGCAUGAUGGGACCUGCAUCCUGGACUCCGCCCACUCGUACCGAUGCGCCUGUCUGGCCGGCUAUACUGGCAGGCGCUGUGAGAACGUGGUGAUGUGCGAGACCCCCCCGGUGCCAGCGCACGGAGCCGCGGAGGGGGGCCACCUCCACCUGGGGGGGCGAGUCACCUUUCGCUGUGACCCCGGGUUCUCUCUGCAGGGCCCCCGCAGCGCCACCUGCGGGCUGAACGGGUCCUGGAGCACCCCCCCUCCGCUCUGUGUGCCCCGGGAGCGCACCUGUGGUGUUCCGGAGAAGCCCGCACAUGGUGACCACUUCCUGGUGUACGGCCCGGAGGACGUCGCCAUCGCCGUGCAGUACCUGUGCUAUCGGCCCUACGUCCUGCGCGGGGCCUCCCAGAGAACCUGUCUGCCCAACAGCACCUGGAGCGGGACAGCGCCCACCUGUGUCACAGCACUGGACCCAGACGCUGGACUGGAAAAAGAGGCGGAAAAAGAGAAGGAGAAAGAGAGGGAGAAAGAGAGGGAGAAAGACAAAGACGCAGACGAGGACAUGAACAGGGUGGAGGGCAAAGAUAACGAGAGAAGCAAGGGAAGCGAUGGGGGCAAAGAUACAGGAAAAGUCACUGUGGCAGCGGGGGGCAAAGAUACAGGGAAAGCCACCACUGCAGCGGGGGGCAAAGACGUGAACACCGCUGAGAGCGCGGAGAAGGAGAAAGUUACAGACAAAAGCCCCGAUCCGGGCACUACUAAAGCUACGGGAAAACUCACAGAUACAGGGGGGGCCAAAGACAUAGACAAAAGCCCAGAUACAGGGGGGAUCACAGUUACUGCUGCGGGCAAAGAUACAGGCACUGCUGUAGGUAAAGACACAGGGAGAAUUACAGUGGGAAGCAAAGAUACAGGAGUUACCGUGGAAACAGUGCGAGACAAAGAUACAGGAGUUACCGUGGAAACAGUGCGAGACAAAGAUACAGGAAGGGGAGUGGAGUCCACGGGAACGGGACGAGGAUCAGACCCAGGAGGCGACAAACAGACGGGACAAGAGACAGAGGGAGACAACCAAAGCAUCAGUGAAGCUGAGCGGACUCGCUGUCCCUCUCCUCCAAGGCUGUAUAAUGGGUACCACACGGUGGUGCUGGGCUCUGGAAGGGAACCGGACCGGGCCGAGUUCUUCUGCAACAACUCCCACGCCCUGAGCGGCAGCGCAGUGAGGACCUGCCUGCUGAACGGGACCUGGAGCGGGGAACAGCCGCUGUGCAUCAGAGCAUGUCGGGAGCCCAAGGUGUCGGAGCUGGUCAGACAGAGGGUCCUGCCCCCCCAGGUCCCCUAUCGGAAGACCCCGGUGCACAAGUUCUACUCCUCGCAGAGUUUAGGGAAGCGGAUGGGCCUGUCCAGCCCCACCAUGGCCCCCGCCGCCCUCCCCCCGCUGGCCCCCGGGUUCCACCACCUGUACACGCACAUCGAGUACCAGUGCGCCUCCCCCUUCUACCAUCACACCGGCAGCCCCCGCCGCACCUGCCUGAAGACUGGCAAGUGGAGCGGCCGCCAUGUCUCCUGCUCGCCAGUGUGUGGUAAGCUCCCAGGCUUUGAGUCUGAGAGUUUGGCUCAGACUCGCUGGCCGUGGCACGCCGCCAUUUACCGCCGGUCCCCCGCUGACCCCGCCAGCAAACCGGACAAGAUGGCGGGCGGGCUGGGGAAGGCCAAGGCCGGCGAGGAGGAGGGGGGUGAGGAAGAGGAUGGGGGGGCGGCGUGGCAGCUGGUCUGCAGCGGGGCCCUGGUGAACCAGCGCAGCGUGGUGGUCGCGGCCCACUGUGUGACCCAGCUCGGGAAGCUGCUGCCCGUUGCCCCCGGCAACAUCAAGGUGGUGAUGGGAAAACACUACCGUAGCGACGACAGGGAGACCAAGAACCUCCAGCACCUGCGGGUGUCCUCUGUCCUGGUGCACCCCAACUACGACCCGCUGAUGCUGGACUCAGACCUGGCGGUGCUGAAGCUGCUGGACAAGGCGCGGAUUGGGGAGCGCGUGCUGCCCGUGUGCCUCCCCCUCCGGCAGGGCGGCGAGGUCAUCGCCCAGCAGGCCUACGUGGUGGGCUGGUCCAUCCUGCCCGACGCGCGGGGGGAGACGGGCGCGGCCGACGCCGAAACCGCGCGGGCGGGGCUCAUCCAGCUGGGCGACGUGGUGGACUGCGAGCAGCAGUACGCCCAGCAGGGGGCGCCGGUCAGCAUCACAGACAACAUGCUCUGCGGCAGACAGCACCCCCGCGGACCCUCAAACAUCUGCCCCGGCGACACCGGGGGCAUCGCGCUGCUGCCCCCCCCCGCCUCCUUCUCCGCCCCCGUGUUCUCGGAGGGGCAGGAGGGGGGCGGGGUCGUGUGGAGGCUGCUGGGCGUGGUCAGUCACGGGUACGAGCAGCACGGCUGCAGCCCCGACCUCUACACCGUCUACACCCGCACCGCCAACUUCAAGGACUGGAUAGAGGCCAGCAUGAAGUAGAGCUGCGCUACUGUGCAGCUUAGCGCCCUACUUAUCUCUCCCUCUCUCUCUCUGUUUCUCUCUCUCUCUCGCUGUCUGUCUCUCUCUCUCUCUCUCUCUCUCUCUCUCUCUCUUCCUCUCCCUUUCUCUUCCUCUCUCUCUCUGUUUUUCUCUCCUCCCUCUCCCCCCUUCUCUCCCUUUCCCUCUUUCUCUAACCACUCCCUCUCCUCCCCUCUCUCUCUUCCUCUUACGGUUCAGAUUACAAUUACUCUAGGUAAUUGUAGAAAGUUUUUGUGUUUCAAUAACGGAAAAUCACUCUCUCUUUCUCUCUCUCCCCAUCUCUCUCCCUUUCCCUCUCUCUCUCUCUACCCCCCUCAUUCUCUCCCUCCCCCUCUCUCUCUCCUCCUCCUCCUCUUAUUCGUCCUUCUUCUGACUCUCUGUCUAGUUCGUUGGGAGCUCUUUAUAUUAAAGGCAGAAGUAACACUGGACUGUGUGCUGCCGGUGUCUGAAGGGGGCGGGGCUACAGAUGCCAGGGGCGUGGCCUCCAGCCUGAAGGGCAUAAGGGCAUUCAUUCUGUUCUGACUGGUCACUACAAUCACAUGACUGACUGGAGAGCCAGGCCUCUCACCUCUCUGGAAAUCUUGUUUUCAUUGUAUUCUUUACCAUGUACAUAUAUUGAAAUUGUACUAUUCAGGAAAAAGACACAACCGUUGGGCUGUACAUAUUGUAUAAAGUUUUGUGGAAAUCAUAUUAUUUGAAUUAAAUCUAUCUGGUUGUGCUAGAAGGGAAUUA